CUGUCAAAAAAAAUCCAGUACACCUAAGAAAAUGAGUCCUGGUGUUGCCUUUUGUGAAGAAAAUGCAAAGGAGUCUGGAAGUGCACUUGACCAGCUCUUCUCUUCAGAACAGCAGGCUUCCAUCUUGCAUGUCUUGAAUACAGCAUCUACUAAAGAUCUUGAAGCUUUCAAAUUGCUUCGUGGAAGAAAAUCCAUCAAUAUUAUAGAGCACAGAGAAAAGUUUGGGCCAUUUCAGAAUCUGGAGAGUCUAAAGAAUGUACCUUUGUUCCAGUAUAAAACUAUAGUUCAAGUUUGUAACUCUAUUCUUUGUCCAGAGACUGGAAAGAAAAAAAGAAAAUUACAGGAAACCCGCAUCUUGGGAAAGUUUAUCAAACCAGACAUACAAAGAGAGAGACUUAAGUCAGCGAACAGCAUUGUGUCCAUUGUUUUUGGCACUCGAAGAAUUGCCUGGACUCACCUUGAUCGUAACAUGGUGGUGCUGGACUGGCAGCAAAGUGACUGUUGGAGAUUAAUGAACAGAACGUACCCAUCAGCAGACUACUUAGAAGAGAUUUCUUCAGUCAUUUCAAAGAUGCCUAAUGCAGAUUUCUACGUUCUGGAAAAAACAGGACUUUCUAUUCAGAACUCCUCUGUGUUUCCUAUACUGUUACAUUUUCACAUCAUGGAAGCUAUGCUGUAUGCUUUAUUAAAUAAAAGUUUUGCCCAGGAUGGCCAGCAUCAGGUGCUGAGCAUGAAUCGCAAUGCAGUGGGGAAGCACUUUGAGCUGAUGGUCGGUGACAGCAGGACCAGUGGGAAGGACCUAGUGAAGCGGUUCCUCUCCGAGUCUGUACUGAAGGCGAAGCCGCGCGUGUUCUUCCCGGCAGAUAAAAUAGUCCACUACAGACAGAUGUUCUCAUCCACAGACCCACACCGAGCAGAAGAGCUGUAUGACUCCUUAUUACAAGCUGUUGCCUUCUAUGAAUUAGCAGGUUUUGACACUGAGUCUUAGAAUUCGGGGGUUAAUGCACCUACUCUAUUAGUAUACAUUUAUUAGCACUAUAGUUAUAAAAUGAUGUUUUGAAUAUCCAUGUUACUGGAGAAGAAAACACAUUUUGAGUGUAUUUUAGAUAUUUAAAAUCAGUUUUCAGUUGUUGAAUGGUGUACCCAAUAAUAAGCCAAGACCAAAUCAAUAAAUAUUUAAUGAGACUCUUUGCUUUUCAGGUUUAAAUGUUAAACAGUAAGAUGAUCCCUAAAUAGUCAAAACAAGACACAAAGCAAAUACUCCCCAUAGUAAGGAUUUGUAUUAUUACAUUGUUAAAAUAGGGAAAAAAUGAAUUUUCUGGGUGGUGCUCAAUAUGAAAAUAAAGCUAAAGACAACUGAUAACACAA